AUGGCUACAGCUGGCAGUGUGCUGUCCAAGGAGCAGCUCCUUUGCCCCAUUUGUCUGGAUUUGUUCAACCAGCCAGUGUCCACUCCUUGUGGGCACAACUUCUGCAGGGAGUGUUUACAAAGAUAUUGGCAGAGCUCUAACAUGCCUCAGUGUCCCAUGUGCAAGCACAAGCUGUACAUGCGGCCUGACCUCAAAGUUAACACCUUCAUAUCGGAGGUGGCUUCUCAUUUCAAGGAGUUGGUGGAAAAGAAAAAUGAAAAUGAGAGCAGUGCUAUGGAUCAGUCAGAGGGCCACAAAGGAGAGGUUUCAUGUGAUGUAUGCAUUGGAAAAACAGUCAAGGCUUUUAAAUCCUGUCUGGACUGUUUGGCCUCAUUUUGUGAGACUCAUCUGGAGCCCCAUCACGUUCUAGGCACCUUCAAGAAACACCGCUUGAUUAAGCCCAUGAUAAACAUGCAAGACAGGGUGUGUAAGCAGCAUGAAAAGCUGCUCGACCUGUUCUGUAACACUGACCAGGUGUACGUGUGCCAGAUCUGCAUUACGAAAGACCACACGGCUCAUCACACUGUUCCUAUAGAGGAUGAGAGCCGGAACAGAAGGGCUCAGAUUGGGAGCACAAAAAAAGAGGUGGGAGAAAUGAUCCAUCACCGACUGCAGAAAAUCUGUGACAUCAAUAAAAUCAUUCAAAUCAGCAGGAGAAACACAGAAAGGGAGACUGAAGAGAGUCUGCGAGUCUUCAGCAAGCUGUUCCAGCUUGUCCAGAGAGGUCAGGCUGCAGUGGCUGAGGUGAUUGGCGCAAAGCAGAAGCAACUAGAAAGCAUGGCCAGCAGGCUUAUCUUGGAGCUGGAGCAGGAGAUUGAUCAGCUGAGCUGCAGGAGAGAUGAACUGGAGCAGCUCUCUUUCACCGACGAUGAUCUCUAUCUUCUCCAAUACUUUCCAGCUUUCGCCACAGUGCCAGCCACCAAAGACUGGUCCGACACCUGCUUAGAGAGUACUGAAUAUGUGGGCAUAGUGAGGAGAGCGGUGAGGAGAGUAAUGUGUCAGUUGGACGAGACAGUAAAAGCUGAGGUGAAGAGGCUCUGCGAAUCCGAAUUUCAGAAGGCUCAACAAUAUGCUGUGGAUGUGCAUUUGGAUCCCGAUACCGCUCAUCCCAAGCUGGUGCUGUCUGAAAACAAGAAGCAGGUCUAUCACGGUGACGUAUCCCUCGGCCUCCCUGAUAACCCAGAGCGAUUUUACCCUUGUGUGAGCGUUUUGGGAAAGGAGGGCUUCUCUGCUGGAAGGUUCUACUAUGAAGUCGAGGUGAAAGGAAAGACAGAAUGGGAUAUUGGAGUUGGGCUUGAAACGGUGACCAGAAAAGGAGGGAAUAUGCUAAACCCCGACAGGGGCUACUGGGCGCUGGGGAUGAGAAAGGAUGAGAGCUACUGGGCUCUCAGCAACAGCCCUGUGUGUGUCCCGCUGAUUGAGAAGCCCCAGAGAAUUGGGGUGUAUGUGGAUAUGGGCUGGGGACAGGUUUCAUUUUACAACGUGGACUCUCAUUCUCACAUCUACUCCUUCACUGGGUGCACCUUCAGUGGCAGACUUCUCCCCUACUUUAACCCACGGAGGAAUCACGGCGGGGUUAACUCAGCACCUCUCAUCAUCGUGCCUGUUAACUAA